UUGUUUUUGGUGUUGUCAAGUAGAUCAAAGAUCAAAAUUAUUGUGACUGGUGAGACGGGCAUGGCUUUUACAUCCAAAUGAAUUGCCAACUGUGUUGCCUUCAUGCAUACUGAUAGCUAAUUUAGAUGGAUUUUGCAUAGGUAGUUAACCACCAGAAAAGCAACUGAAAUGGCUGUUGACCUUCAGCAAGAAAUUGCAAUAUAUGCAAACAAAAUUGUAUCCAAAUUGGAGGAAAUUGAUUCCACUGGGUCAAUUACACUAUUAGUACCUAUAUUUCAGGAUGUAAUUGUGAAAAUUCUUCAGUUUUCUUCUAAGGCAUACCAAGUCAGAAAGGCCAUGAAAGAUGCAGUUAAGAAAGAAAGCCUUUCACUUUUAUUGAAAAACUUGAAGCAUAGCAUUCCUGAAUUGUCACAUGUAUGCCAAGCUGAUUUAAAGUCAAGAAACAAGUCAACAGUUGAUCAAAAGGCAGACGUUUUGAGGAAGAUGGUUUUUGUUAUUAAACAAAUUGAAAGACUUACUGGUGAUUUCGAUCAUGCUGGUAGUACGAAUGCUAGUGCCCUAGAAGUAGCAGAUUCAACUAAGCUGAGGGAUCUGAGAAAUAACUUCGCACUGGAUUAUGCCAUAGAGCAAAAUUCAAUUGUGUCCACUGAACACUUUGGUGACAUGACAUCUGCUGCUUCGUCCUCUCCACCAGUUGAUGAUAGUUUUUCUUCUUUGGCAUCAAAUAUUCUAGAAGAUUCUCCUGUUAGCAGUAGAAUUGGGAUUCCUUCACUUAUUGUGUUGUACAAAGCAAUCAAGUCAAGAAUGGAAAAAUUUCACUAUGAUAAGUCCAGCCAACAGAUGAAAUAUCAAGGUGGGAAAAAGUUGCUGUCAAAGGUUUAUCAAUUCAGUGACAUGGCUACAACACUUCAUGACGCUAACGAAGAAGAAAAUCAUACCUCUAGCAGAUUGAAGGAAAAGACAAUGAAUUUGAACGAGCUUGCUGCUGAUUUCGUUUCAAUGGCCAUUGAUGCAUCAAAUGGGUCAUUUCUUUAUGAGGAUCAGGAAAUGUUAGGCAAAGUCCACGAGAAUGUUUUAAUUCUGCUCAACGAAGUGUUAGAAAUUUCUACGUGCAAUUAUCAAGAUGAAACAUCAUUUGCUAUGGCUGAAGAUGUUUUUCAAGAGCUCAUUGAAAAAGUCAGAACUUGUGCAUAUGAAAACAACUUCAUUGGCCUAACCGAAUCAACUUUCCAGUUUCUGAUCAAAGCAAAGGAUGCUGGGAAAGCUUUAGAGCAAAUCAGUAAGGAGAAGAAUGCGACUUGGCAACCUGGGUUGAUAAGAGCUCUUCAAGAGGGGGUAGCGGAUGUUGAAGACACUCUAGAUUAUCUUAUCAGUGAUAUUGAAAGCAAAGCACGAUUAGAUUCUCUCACAAGGAAGAUGAAAGAUAUCUUAAAAACUCUGGUGGAAUGGCGCCUGCUUGCAGUGAAAACUGCCAAAGACAAACAUGCUGUCUCGAUUAGUAAUAUGUCGAUUCUAGGCAAAAACAAAGACGAAGAAACAACAGAGAAAAACUUGAAUGAAGGUAUAAACCUGGCUGUAGAGAAAUCAAGCUUUGGUACAAUAGUUGAUCAGUUCCCGGAAGCAAUAAAUGACAAUGACUAUAGGAAAGUUGAAGUUCUUGCAAACAGAUUUCUCGGAAAUAUCAAGAUAGUUGGAGACCUGCUGCAGAAGAUUUCUCUUCACUCAUCCCUUGAAAUUAAAGAACUACGUAUGCGAUUUCACCAAUAUUUAAAAAUAGCUGGAAGUUUUUGUUCACAAGCGAGGAAAGCCGUUCUUGCCUCAGAAAAUCCAGAUUUUAUCAAAAGUCUCAUCAUGACAGGAAAGGGGAUGGAAGAAAAGAAACAAUCAUUUGUUUCCUGCUGUAAAAAAUCCUUGAGUCCAUGGCUUGACAUCGCUCAGUUGACUGUGUGCAAAAGAUCGGUUUCAGUCUUUCAUAAUUUGACGAAGAAAAUCGAAAAAAUCAUAGAGACUUUACGUGCAACUGAAUCUUUGGAGAACAGCGAAUUCAAAGCUUACAUUGCAAAGUUAUCUGCUAUUAUUGGAAAAACUGGUGAAUCGAUGUUUAAUCAGGCAGAGGCCCAUGGAACCCGAAAUUCUACCGAUGCGUUUUUGGUGGAGAUGUCUACUAUCCAAUGGGCCUGUGCUGUGAUCUGUCUUUUUGGAAUUGUUGAUAAAAUUGCUCAAAUGAGAUUAAUUGAGACAGCUAAGAUGGACAACAACCAGCUCAAGUCUAGAACGAUAGCUUGGCUUUCUGUGUUGAAUGAACUAGCCGUUUGCUGGACAGAUAAGGAAGUGUCGGGUGAGAUAUCUGAAGGCAUAAAAGACCUUGAAGAAAUGCUGCAGAAGUUAGCUAACGAAGAAUCUUCAGCAAAAGAUUCCCUGGAAUUGAAAGCUGACGUCAUAAUUCUUAAGCGAGAGUUCAUGUCAAAGAUGCUGCUUCUAAAUGAGCUGGCUGACAUCUUAACCCAAGAGGUUCGUGAACCCAUGAGCGUUUACAUUGAUCCCUUGGCUAGUCUUUCGUUUGCACCAAAUUUGCGAAGUUUUAAAGCGAUCCAAGAGGCUUUCUUCGAAAAGAUUGACGCUGUUCACACAAUGUCGUGCCUAGCCGUUCAAGAUUCUCCGUACAAAUCAGAAGCUCAUCUUGUUUUUGUUGCUGCAGAUGAUUUAAAAAACAUUUCUGAAGAACUUGUGUCCACCAUUUCUUUGUCAGGUGCGGCAAAGAAGAGCGUCGAUUUUCUAAAACUUCGUUGGAGAGUAAAGGCUACAUAUCUUAUUAAGGUUUUGAUGAUUGUUCCUGAAGUGAACUACUCCGCUGUGGCAGGUGUGACGCGCCAUCUUAAGACUGCCUCGCAUUUGGGAAGGUAUGAAGAUUUGAUAGCUAUCCUAAAGGAUACGGGGUCACCUCCAAGAAGCCGUGUUAACAAAGAUUCCUGGAAAUUGAACACGGAAGUAUCCUACCGUGAUGACUUCUAUGAUGACCAAAUCACAGAUUGCAACAGCAGUGCUAGCAGUAUCCUUGAUUAUUCACUAUCAAGAGGAACGGAUGCGUUGACCGCAUCUUCUCCAAGGCAAGCAACCUCAGAUCUGAACUUCUUCAGAAACUAUAACACGCGUCUUACAGAGCAGGAUGCUCUCCCGCCAAUGCCUUUGAUCCAAACUCCGGACACCUACAACCCAAGAUCUUCGGUCUCAUCAACAAGAUCUGAUUCUUCCCAAGACACAGAGAUCUUCGUUGGAAGAUUAGCAAGGAAGGUCCCGCCUGUUCCUGCAAAGAAACCCAUGCCAAAAAAUAACCAAAGUGGCGAUCACAUUGGCACCAGUUCUGCCCAUGCAACGAACAAUGAUUAUGAAAUGAAAAAUAGUUCAGCUAUAGACAGAAACGGAGAAUUUUUAGAGAAAGAGGAAACGAAGAUUUCUAAGCCAAUAGCGGCUGCAGCCCGUAUUUUGCAGCGGGAACUCGAAGAAUGGGAAGAUGACGGAAACACCGUGAUAACGGUCGUGAGACAGAUGACCAAUCAGAUGCUGCAAAUGGCCGACUAUGCUAGAGGUGAAGGAUUGUUAAGGAGAAAACAGGAUUUCAUCAAUACGGCGAAGGCAAUUGCUGCCAACGCCAACAUUGUUGCAAAGUUUGCCGUGAUCAUUGCAGAUUGCUGCCUUGAUGAAACUUGCCAGCUCAACUUGAUGCACUACGCGGAGCUUGUUCCCACCCUCAGCACACAACUGAAGAUCAUUGCAUCAGUCAAAGCAGCCACUCCGGACGAUGAAACGGCCGAUGUGAUGCUUAUAGGAAAUGCUGAAAACUUAAUGAAAUCUGUUUUGGAAACACUAAAAGCUGCCGAGUCUGCGUCAGUCAAGAUGAGACAAGACCCAGGCACAGAUGAAGGAGCGCCACUGAGCAAGAGCGCUACUUUGACGAUGCAAUGGAAGAAGAAGCUCGACUUGCGACGUUCCAUGGAGUCUCUGACAGCACCAACCAAUGACCUCGGUUUGAAGAUAGUCUCGGUCAGUCCACCAUUAGCUCUGACUGACUUGUGAUUCAAGUGCCAUGUUUUGUUUAUAGUAUAUGAUUUCAGUUUAUUUACGUAGUAUAACUAUAACGAAUUAACUGUAGAAGAGGUUUUGGACUUAGAAGACUUUAUCUUUGAUCUAGAAAAUGUUUUUAUCUUGUAAAUUUGAUGAUUAAUGAAAAUUAAACCGAACCAAAGUUUGUAAUUAGGGCAAAUUUUUCACUGUGGUUGUAUAUAACUAGGGUUCUCUAUGUACUUUUUAUAUAAAUAGCUGAUCCAUAACAAAUCUCUCUUAUAACCAAAUCUAUAUAUUUAUAUUCAAGGUUAAUUAAAAAUUUUUGAUCGAACUUUCCUAAGAAGAGCAGUCUUUUCUUUCAAUUGUAUUCAAUGGUUGUCUCAGGGUGGUGCAAGCUCCCUGGUGAAAUUAACUUACGUUUUUUUUAAUGCUGCCAAAAACGCUGUGCAAGCUGUCAAAAAGAAGGUUUUUUAUUAAUUAUGGUGCUUAUGGUAUUUCAUCCAUUCCUUAAUUUUAUUAUAUUGCAAACAAGAUAAUAAUGAAGUUAUAGGUCUUAGGGACAAAGUGACCUUUGACAGCCUUCUUAUUGUUAGUUAAUAAAGCUCAAUUUCAAGCACUUUUUGAGAAAUAUCUAUCCAAAAAUAAUAGAAGCAACUUUGCAGAAAUUGCAAUUGUUUUUAGAUCAAAUGCGUCGACCUUGAUGAUUAAUUGUACCGCAUUUAUUAGAAGCCAGUUAAAUAUAAAAACAAGCAAAGAAGUAUGAGGUAACUUUUGUCGAGCUUUCCUUUAGCAUGAGAGAAGACUGAAAGAGCAUCCGUUGAAUUUGUCAUGUGCCUACAAAGGACUUGUCGCCAUAUCAACUUUAGUUAGCCAAUUCAUUAGUCUUGGUCAGGUUGUCUCUUUUGUGAACUGGUUGCCAGUUCAGUUGAUUGAAGGAAGAAAUGCUGUUAGUUCUUCUGUCGACAGAUUUUAUGACAGAAUCACAGAGCUUUGGCAGUUUCUUUUUGCUUAGAUGAUGGAAAACUAGCAAACAGUAGCUAAGGACUUGUUACGAGCUGCUGCACUUUCACACUCCUGGAAAUUGAAAUUCAAUGUCAGUUUAUAUUAUGGCACCAACUUUGAUCAGAAUUUUCAAGCCUCUAAUCAAGUGUUUGCUCCUCUUCGCUCCACAUUCGCAAACCCAAACCUUCAUGUCCUUCCAUUCAAUUCGAUAGCAAAGUCUACGGCUCAGGUAAUAAAUCUUGUCUUGUCAUCUUCUAUAAACUAAAGGUGAAUCAGCCACAUCGGCUGAUCGGUACAGUUUCCAUCGUCAGUACAGAUGAACAAUUUUAUUCAGACAAAAUGUGAUGAGAAAAAUAGUUAAAAAACACAGCAUUUUAUUUAUUGUUUUAUUUUUGAAUUUCCUAGCUCCACAGAAUUUCAUAUCCAGCUCCACAUUUCGAAUUCCAGCUCCAAGAGCCCAAAUCCAGCUUAGAAUAAGCUCUGAUUACCAUUAGCUGCUAUACAUUUAAGCAUUUCUAGGAGAGCAAGGUACCUGGAGAUUAAUGAUGAAAUUGUUUGUAGCUCAAAGCCCCAUCCGGUAGGACAUAAAAGAAAAAGAAGCAAAAAAAUUUGAGAAAAUUAAUUCUUUAAAAAUUCAUUUAAACUAGAAUUGAAAAUUUUUCAAAAGUAUCGAAGCUUGAAAAACUUUAUAGUAUUCGUAAAAAGUACGUAGUGUAAUGGUAGUGCCGUGAAUAGCAUAUGAAAAGUCAUGCAAAUUUAGAUUUAUUACACGGCACAAACAAGUGUUUCAGUAUCUAGGUCUUCAAUAUCAGGUCAAAUAAUUGGGGUUGGUACGUUUUCCUGGAAAUGCUGUGCUUGCACGCCCUGAUAACUGGUAAACAGCGAUUUGCACGCACGCGGCGCCCACGGCAGAAAUGACAAUGCACGCGUGAGAUAUCAUCAAAAACUGUCAUUUAUGUUGCCAUACUCGGCAGACUGGGCCAUCGCUAUCUCGAUCCGUUCCAUUGGUCCCUUUCUUUGGUUCAAGGUAUCGAGAGCUUACUGUAGUUUCUAGUCGUGUUUAAUUUUGCUCCUCAGAAACAUCUCGAUCUGACAUAGAAAUAUAUAUUUAAUUGUUUUUUGUAGUUUUCUCAAUAACCGUACGGU